AUGAAUUAUAUUGAUUAUGUUGAUGGACUUCCUGGUGGUGAUGAUCUUGAUGCCAGUGUGAUGAUGCUUUUGAUAAUUCAUUUGGUGAUGGUAGUGUUGAUGAGUGAUGGAGGCCCACUUAGUCCCCCACUGGGUACAUUUAAACGCCAACGAUGUCUUCGAUAUGAGCGAGAUUCUAAAACUGUAAUCAGAUCCAAGUCGGAUAUCAGCGAUAGAUAUUGCAACAACAAAGGCGAAAAAAUAAUCCGCUGCCGAUCAGCCCAGCAGCCUACACCACCUUCACCGCUCCAUCACCAGCCCACGUCGUCUCAGUCUGCAAAAUCCAUUGACAACCAGAUGUCGCGCGUCGAGAGUUUCUUCGACCGUUUGGGCUUGUCUGAUGAUACUUUUAAGGAAUUGAUGACAGGAAACGAACACGUGAGGUAUAAUUCUAUGGCAUCUCCGGAUCAGAACAGUAAAGUGAGUUCUCCUCCUGUAUUUUUCUCCGAUACGAGUACCGUGGAUUCUUUGGAUCAAUGUGUUUAUGAUUAUACAAAUACUGGUAGCAACAAUGCUCCGGUGCAGAAUGUGGUGAGGGUGAGCGAACCUCCUUCAGUGGUUGAAAGGAAUGCGAGGAUUAUUAAGUGGUUGUGCAACUGUCGCAAGAUGCAAUUGCAAUAG